AUGGGGAAUCCGACUCACCACAGUUUGGCCCGCAUUCACCCCACACGCUCGUAUAUCCACUCGUCCGGGGUGGGCAGCAGAUCGCGCCCAUACACCACGCAUUCACCGAUUACCUCGGGAACAAUGGUGUUCAUUAUGAUCAGACGUGGUGAAGCAGUUGGUCAGUGUGUGUUCAGCUCUAAUACAGUCUUUGGAUUAUUGUGUGAGUUCUGGUCCUCAGUAAGAAUGAGGGUGUGUUUUCUUCUCCUCCUCAUACAGCUUCAAAUCACUGAAGGCUGCAGACUGGAAGAAAAUAGAGAGACAAAAGAGAUCACUGCAUACACAGGAAGCUCAGUACUGCUGCCCUGCUCCUGCACUGACCUCCACACCAAACCUCAGAACUUCAGAUGGGAGAAAUACACUUAUGAUUGGGUACAGAUAUCUCCUGAGAGUGAACAGUACAAAGACAGAUUUCAGCUGGUUAAUGAUCACAGUUCAGGAAAUCUCUCUCUGCUCAUAUCACACCUGACUGUAGAGGAUGGAGGAGAUUACAGGUGUAACACAGAGAGUGAACACAGAUACAUCAGACUCACUGUUGAAGGUUGCACACUGAAUCAUGAGAGAGUGGAUGUGACUGGAUAUGUGGGACAUUCUGUUCUUCUGCCCUGCUCCUGCUCUCAACUACAAGCCAAACCACAAACUCUCACAUGGACCAUUUAUAAAGAAUCUAAUUACAAAGAAAUCUUUCCAAAGGAUCAGACAAAUCACUACACACACAGAGUUCAGCUCUUUAAUGAUCAUCAUCCAGGAAAUCUCUCUCUACUCAUAUCACACCUGACUGUAGAAGAUGGAGGAUAUUACAGGUGUGACAUCAUCAACAGCGUUAAGGACAUCAUACUCACAGUAAGAGAGGCUCCAAAAAGACCUUCAUCAUCCACAACAACAAUCCAAACCACUGCUGAACCAGAUGCAACACCAGGCCUGGUGACCAAAGUCUACACAAAUCCACAGUCUAAAACAUCUGAACUAAAUUCAAAACAGAUCAUCAUCAGCUGUGGUGCUGUUGUGGUUCUGCUGCUGCUGAUUGUUGGAGGAGUCAUGUACUGGAAACACAGAGGACAGAGAGAGAACAGAUGGGUGAAGGACAAACAGGACAGUAGACGCAGAAGAAGCAGGAUGAUCUGACUCGACUGUAGUCCACAAGAAAACUCCAAAAUCAGCACUCCCUCUAGUGGAAACAGGAGAUACUACAGUAUAUGCCAGCAUCAAAACUAACUAACUAUCUAACACACACACACACACCCACCCACACACACACACACACACACACACACAAUUUUUAUAUUUUAGUUACUGUGUGUCUACACAUGUAUACAAUCUAACAUAUAAAAAUUAUAUUUUUUAAUCACCGUUUUUAUUUG